AUGUUACAAAAAGGGAUCGAUGGAGAUUUAUUAAAUGACCCUAAAACAUGCAAUAAAAGGGGAAAAUUGUAUGAUCAAAAAGAACUUCAAAAAUGUGCAGGAGUGAAUCCAGAAGGCUUUUUCAAUAAAAUUGUGUGGGUUGGUAAAAAGAUAUAUUGCAUGAUCAAAUUAAACAGAUGGUAUAUAAAACCAAAAACAAUAAAAUAUGGAAAUGUUGAACAUAAAAUUACACAACCAUCAAUUAUGAAAUGGGAAACAAAGAAAUUAAUGAGUAAACCAAGAAAACCAACAGAAAUAGUAGUUUAUACUGAUUCAUUUUGUUAUUCUGCUUGUUCAGUAUUUACAAAAGGAUUAAAAGAAUGUGGAAGUGCUAUUCUUGUUGGAUUCAAUGGUGAUCCUAAUGGUAAAGAUGAAGAAUUUGAAGUGGGAUUAUCACCAUCGGCAGUGAAAGAUGGUUAUGAUUUAUGUAGUUCUAAAUAUAAAAUCUCUGAAUAUGAUACUCACUUCUUUUAA